AUGUCAAGCAGUACUGGCGACGCCGCCAUUUACAGCCGAAAACUCGACAUUUUCCUCAUCGCCAUCGGCUCCGCCGGCGCCGUCGUCACCAUUUACCACUGCAUCAUGGCUUGUUGGUGCGAUCGCCGCCGCUUCACCUCCGGCGACCAAUCGUCGGCGAACGACCCUCACACCUUACCGAUAACAGAUACGCCGCGGAGCACCGAGAAUUCGGUGGUUCAUUUGAUUCCGGCUCACAAGUAUGAGAAGCGAAUGGCGGUGGACGGCGGCGGUGGCGGUGUCGGUAAAGAUGUCGACGGGGAUGGCACGUGCGCGAUUUGUUUGAGUGAAUUUGAAGAAGGGGAGGAAAUAAAGACGUUGCCUGAGUGUAAGCAUUCGUAUCACAUGCCUUGUAUCGACAUGUGGCUUUACUCUCACUCGAGCUGUCCGAUGUGUCGUACUAAUGCUACUCCGACGUCGUUUAAUGAUAGGCUGCAGUUUCAAACGCAGCCCAAUUCUGGGAUUGUUGUUCACGUGCUUCCCACGAGGGGUUGA